UCGAACACGGCCACCUUCGAUUCGAGUCUCCUCCGCUGGUUGGGCAAACCGAUCUUCAUCGUCUCCCCACCUGCCUCGCUCUUCCGGUACUUCAUUCGGCCUCGCUAUAUAUAUAGCCAGGAUCCUUGCUGGAUAUAUAUGACAGUGUGUUCCUGGCCACAGAAUCGAGCUGAUCGAGAAAGGGACAGGAAGGGACCUGGUGCACCAUGCAGCUCAGGAUCAGUAUGAGGUGCUUGAUCUUUGCGGCGAUAUUGACCGUCGCGCUUGCCACAUUUGGCAAAGAGCACGUACAUAUCAGAAUCCACGUACCGGAGAUAAUACAGCAUGACGAGAAGAAGGUUAUUAAAUACGAAGAUCACGGUGGACAUGAUCAUGGAGGAGGAGGUGGAGGUGGCGAUCAGACUAUAAUAGUCACUUCGCCUGGAGGAGGUGGAGGCCACGGAGGCGGUGGUGGUCACGGAGGAUUUGGCGGUGGAUUUGGAGGUGGUUUCGGAGGCCACGGAGGAGGUGGCUUUGGAGGUGGACACAUUAGCAUUGGAGGUGGUGGUCACGGUGGAGGUGGCCACGGAGGUGGCAGAGGAUUCGGAGGUGGACACGGAGACAUUAUAAUAUCCAGUUCAGGUGGUGGCCACGGUGGUGGAGGCUAUGGAGGCGGUGGUGGUGGAUUCGAUGAACAUCACGGUGGCGGAGGAUUUGGAGGAGGAGGUGGAUACGGUGGUGGUGGAGCAACGAUCAUCGAACAUCACGGUGGCGGAGGAUAUGGAGGCGGCGGUGGCGGUGGUGGCUUCGAUGCUCACCAUGGUGGUGGAGGAUUUGGAGGCGGUGGAGGAUAUGGAGGCGGCGGUGGUGGAGGAGCGAUCAUCGAACACCACGGUGGUGGAGGCUAUGGAGGCGGUGGUGGUGGUUUCGAUGCUCACCACGGUGGCGGAGGAUUUGGAGGUGGCGGUGGUGGAGGGGUUAUGGAGGUGGCGGUGGUGGGGGUGGUGGCGGAGGAUUGA